AGACGUAUCAGAUUAAGUCUGUAGAUUUAAAGAAAACCAUUGAUCAAUAAUAGAAAUUAUUUUAAAAAAACAACACUUCAUUGAGGAAAAAAUACUAUUAAAAAAAAUACCGGUACAUUUUAGAUCCUAUUCAUGGUCAUUUAUAGCUUAUACUUCUUGUCACACAACUAGCCUGAAUAGAAUGUCAAUAGACUAGGCCUCUACAGUUCUGCUCGGUGUAUGAAUAUAGGCCUAGAUCUGUUGUUGUAUGGGCAUAAAGUAAGACUACUUAAAAAUUUUGCUGAGAUUUGUUUAGAUUAUAGAACUAAAUUAGAUUACAUCUUCGCAAUUGUUAGAAAAAAAAACGCAUCAAAGCAAAAGUCUUACUUGAUAUCAACCCAGCAAAAUGUCAAGGGCAAUAAUCCUAUACUCAUUAUUUAUUGUGUUCCUCAACAUUGGAAGAAGCGAAGAAAAAGCGAAUGGUGGCAUGAACUGUUUAGAUUGCAAUAUAGUUGUAGCGAUUGUUCAACAGUACAGUGAACUCAACAACAUCUCAGUGAUCAACACUCUAGAUACGUUUUGUAACUUCCUGCCUGAAGAGUUGAGUGUCUUCUGUCAUAAAGCCUUGGCUAUAUUAGGACCUUUGUUGAUCAGCCUAAUUUCUUCUCACCAAGACCCGAAUGUCAUCUGUCAUGCACUUAACUUCUGCUAUACAGAACCUGGUCAGCCCACUUGCCGAGGGAUUUCACCGCCAACAUUUACAGAAAUGACGGAUGAAGAGUUUCUUAUUCGAGUUUCUUCUGCUCGGCACUUGGUGAAACAUUUAUUACAAAAGCAAUCUUUGUUGCGACCUGGCCUGGGCUUCGACAUCUGCUCUCUUCCAGGUAUCCGUGAAAUAUGUGAGCUUCUACAAAGGAUAAACAACUUAGAAACACCAGCUGUAGAUUUAGACAGAGAUGGGUUUAGUUCUAUAUUUAGUCUACGAGGAUCCGCUUGGAGAGGCAAAGACUGUAACGACACUGACCUGUAUGUUCACCCAGGAGCAAUACCUGUCGAUGGUGAUGCUGAAAGAGACUCAAACUGUAAUGGAAUCAAGGGAGUGAAUCCAGACACGGGCAAGACCUACGAGGAAGAGUUAUGUGCCGAUUCUCAACCGAGAGGCGUGGCUGUAUUGGGAGAUUCCAUUUCUGCACACUUUCACUUGCCUGUUCAAUGGUUCGAUCCAAAAUUGAUAAACAAGAGAUCUUUUCUUAGCGUUUGGACUGUUAUCCAAAAUCAAGGCGACUGGCCAAUGAUGUCUGGAUCUACGGGCUAUGGUAAAAAUGUAUGGCCUGACGUCAUUUCCGGUCCGAUCGAUUCCAUCUAUUUGAAGCUACGAGCAAGAAACCGAUGCAACCACAGGGAUUAUCAAAACAUAGCAGUCAAUGGUGAAAACUCUUUCAAAUUAAAAAAAUUGGUCAAAACAUUGUCCAGAAAUGCAGCCAGUGACAGGCCGUUGGUCGUUCUUUAUGCUCUUGCCGGAAGUGACGUUUGUUCUGGUCCAGACCAUCGAAUGACGUCACCGGAAGACAUGUAUAACAAUACAUUGGCCACGCUGGAUAACUUGGCAACUGUCUUACCCAACAACAGUCACGUGAUAAUAUUUGGACUAGCAGACGGCAGCUGGAUACAUGAAAAUAUGGCAUCGAGAGUGCAUCCUCUGACGUCAUACUGGGGCACAUUUACGUAUUCCAAGUUUUAUGAUUUUAUCAACUGUCUAGACAUUUUGUCCUGUCUCGGAUGGUUGACCAACAACCAGACUACCAGAGAGAUAACACUCCAGAGAGCAAAAGAGCUCAGCUCAGUGCUACAGAAAGUGGUAGAUACAAACAAGGGACGCUACUCGAACUUUAAAUUACAUUUUGUUGAUGACCCCCUAUCAAAAGAGUACAAGCAAUGGACCAAGUUGGGAGGAGAGGGGUGGGAACUGAUCGAAGCAGUGGACAGUCUACACAGUAGCCAGAUUGGCCAAGCUUUCGGUUCCAAUGUAACCUGGGGUACACUCAUGUCACUAGAUCCAGAGAUCUUCGGUCCAGUCAAUCCCAACAAUGACAAGAUUGUAAGUUUAUUUGGAGACCAAGGAGGCUAUUGAGUCAGCAAACUUACUUCCACUGUUGAUAAUAUUUGACUCGUUUAAAAUCACAUAUUUCUAUAUUCUACAAUUUAUAUGCUACUUCACCAAUGAGGAAACUUUGUUUCGUCAUCUAAGCAAACUUUUUGUUGUGUUAUGUUAAUGGGAACUUGGGAAAAGAAUUACCUUGUUUCUUGGGGUCAAAAGAUAAAAUGUUGUUUGUUGUAAAAUGUUUUACAUGUUUCGGAUGUUCCUUCAGAGUUGAAGAUAAUUACUUCCUAGUCCAAACCUCCCGCAGGACGACGGGGGAUGGGAGCGGGCAGGGUUUGAACCCUGGACCAUCGAUAAAUCUGAACGACAGUCCAGCACGCAAACCGCACGACCAGGCAGCCAUCCAAAAUGGAAACAAAUCGACCUCAUUCACCAAUCGUAAACAAAUAACAUUUAGCCACGUGAUAAUAUUGAUAGAACAAUGGGAAAAAAACGUAUCACGUGACAGCCUUUAUGGAUUGCAUUAUUUGUAUAGAAGAGAUAGAGAAUCACGUGGCUAAAUGUUGUUUGUUUACGAUUGGUGAAUGAGGUCCAUUGGCAGAAGCAUUGAACAGCUUAAUAAAAACGUUUUUAAAAUUGCUUCUUACGUAUCAUAGCAUGAUUGGUGUGCUCCGGUUAUAUAUUUUUUUUUUCUGUGAAUGUGUGACGGAGGUUGAAUCUGCGAGGUUUGCGUGCUGCCUUUAUGUUCUAAGCUGAGCUCUAGCUGGAUUCAAGCUCGAGUUCCCUUGUACAUCCUCAUUUCCACACUUAGCCACCUCGCAUAGAAUCGAUCAAUAGUUCACACAAUGUCAAGAAAGGCUGUCCAAAACUAGUAUGCUUUAAUUAUUUUGCUUGCGCUUGGGGGGAGGGGGGUGACAUGCUCUGGUGUUCUAGCUUUGGUCACGUGUUGUAAGAAAAGACAAGUCUAUACUUUCCUAAAGCGCGGCAGCUUCGACUGGUCACCCCCCCUCCCCCCCAUGUUAUUAAUAAUAUGUAUUGUAUCAGUUGCCCUUUUUGUGUUUACAUCUGCUUGUAGCUCGUUCGUGAGAAUGUGUUCACGAAAUGUUAGAGAUGUGUGUUGUGUAGUCAUUCAGUGUAUUAACGCCAAAAUUAAUAUGUGGACAUGGUUCUUGGCUCUUAACUCUUUCUCUCCGUAAUUAUUUUCCAAGUUCCGGCGGAAUCAUUCAUUUUACUCAUUUGUGUUUCACUACUCUGUUAUGAUUAAACUUCAAUAACUUAUUUUUAUAUAAUCUAGAAAUUUUAUAUUAAAUAUAUAGUUAUAUAAGAAUGCAUGCUCAUUUGAUAUAGCAAAAAUUAAAGUUUAUAAAACCAAAAAUUUAUUUGAUUCAAUGGGCCAAAUCAACGUUGGUAUCGUCAGUUAGGAGAGAAAGAGUUAAUGUUUUAUUGUGUUUAAAGCACCCCUCUACCCGCCUAUCAUGAGAAGCAUAUUUAAAUAAGGUCAAGAGCUCGAAGUCUAAAAUUAUCAAGCAUGCAUAAUCUUAAAAAAGAAAGAGUUAUCUUUACAAGCAGCUGAAGAGUUUUUGGGGGAAGAAACUGCGAGAGUAUUUUAAAUGUAUUACGUCAUUGUUUAUUGUUGUUUGUUGAAGACCGCAUCUCAGGGUGUGACGUAAUAAAAAUGAUGCAUAUUUAGUAGUAUACUGUGUUUAUUGGUGCACAAUAAUUAUCCGGAUAAACCGAGACCUUAGCUUUCUCUUUCAAACGCUUAUUUUCAUCUCAAAAGUUUAUAAGUUGCAUUCGUCUCGCUCUCUCUCUUUCUCUCUCUUAUUCUUUUUUUCUUCCUUUCUCUCUCUCUCUCUCUAUCUUUUUCUAUCUAGACUUAUAUAAAUCUAUCUACCUCGCCGUCGAGAUGUGGCUAAGGAAAUCUUGACGUAUUAUACAAAAAAAGUAAAGAUUUUUGCUAAAGACAAAAUUAUGUAUUAUAUUAUAUUAUAUUAUAUUCGACAAUAAUCUACAUAAUCAAACAAAUAAUUCUAUAAUUGGUAAUAAUGUAAUUUUACUCAACUUUAACAGUUGCCUCCAAGUUAAAAUUUUAUAUUUUGUUCUUUUAUCAUUUUCAUAUUCUGUUUUUUAACGCUAUGGAAUUGUGGUAGGCUGCUAAAUAUAUCAAUGAUUAUUGCAGAUUUUUCAUUUUUCAAUAAAAAUUUAUUCUGGUCUAUUAAAACUCAUUUUGUAGUAUGUUAUUGUCAAUGUUAUUUGAUUCCUGGAAGUGAUAUUAUUAUCCUACUAUUAUUAUCUUUAUUAGGCCUCCUUUCACGUCAAAUUUUUAAAAAAUGUUGAUAUUGACAAUUAUGAAAGCUGAUUA